AUGGGGGAACCUAAGUCAGUAGCUAUUGUUGGCGCGGGCGUCUUUGGCCUUUCGCUGGCUGUUGCACUGAAGGAAAGAGGCUACAAAGUCACGGUUUUUGACCAGCAUAGAUACGAUGAGACCGGCUAUCUGCCUGGGGUUGACGCUUCUAUUCAAGCGGCCUCGGUAGACGAAAACAAGAUUUUCCGGGCGUCGUACGGGACGAAGCUGCACUACCAGCGACUCGCUCUGGAAAGCCGUGAAGCCUGGUGUCUGCUCAACGAAACGCGGAGGAACGAGAACCCUUCACAUGGAGACAGCGAAGACCUUUUCGUUGGUUGCGGCAUGCUUCGCGUGCAGCCUACGGAGGAGCUCGGCGCGUUGGAAAGGGAAACGCUGGCGAAUAUGGAACGCGCCGGCCUGCGCGACACGCAAUUCGUGAAGGGUAACCCGGCAGACUGUGAGCGUGCAGCGAGCUUGGGAUGGGCGUCGAAGCUGCUCCAGUUCGAAAUUCCCGAUGCGCCUGUGCGCACAACGUACGAGGCAGUGCUUGAUUCACUUGCGGGGUUCACGAAGUGCAGCGAAGCAUGUGCUCACUUUCAAAAGGUAGCCGCAGCUAAGGGGGUAGAGUUCCGGUUUGGAAGUCACGAAGGAGCGUUUGACUCACUCAUUGAGAGCCCGAGCCCGACACCAGCGGCACAGCGGCGGGCGGUUGGUCUAAAGACUCGGGAUGGCGUCAAUCACAAAGCGGAUGUGGUGGUUAUCGCUGCUGGAUCCUUCUCCACGCAGCUGCUUCCUGACUUGUCGUAUCAUCUCGAGUCAUCCGGCGGUAGUAUUGCGACGUUCAAGAUAGACAGAGACGACUCCUACCUGUGGGACAAGUAUUCGCCCGAGAAGUUUCCUGUCAUGACAUGGAAGAGUGCGCCGCGUGACAGCGAUGGAAAGGAUACGGGCAGCGUCUACGUUUUCCCCCGGACCCCGGACGGCCUCGUCAAGAUCGGCUACCGGGGCAUCAAGGUGCUCAAAAUAUGUUGCUUCGCCUCAUAA